CUCGCGUGUGAGUCGUGCAGGGUUUCCUCUGCCGGUUGCCAUGCGUCUGUGCUGCAGCUGCACUGCACCGUCGAGGAAACGGCUGGCGACUACGAAGCGUUCUGUUCGCCAUAGCAUCGAGUCGCUACUCCCCUCCCCCCCGGCACCCAUUCCACGCCGCCCACGCCCUGCCCUGCCCUGCCCGCCGCGCUGUUUGCUCGUCGAUUGCAUGCACCCUCCGCAGGCUGUCGCCCAGAGCCCCCCGCUGCCACACAGCUUCCAAUGUCCGCAGGCAGUCGACCCCGCCUCCCGCAACUAGACGCGCCCAGCGGUUCGCUGUCACCCGCUCUCCACGGCCGCCACGCAGUUGCACGACGCGCGCCGCCGCCCUCCAGGCUCUAGGCCCGCCUGCUGCUGAGCACCCGUGCCACCGAUGCCGCCGUCAGCGAGGCCGCCGAGUGCUGCUGGGCAGGCUCGGGGUGCCAGGCCAGCGCCGACCGAGCAGAGGAGCACCGCCAGAAAGAGCGCCCACCAAAUGGAGUCGCCGCGCAAGGAGUCGGCCCAGUCUGCCCACGCCGGUGCCGGUGCCGGUGCGACGGGCCUGCGACCUCCCAGCCUCAAGCAUCGCGCCCACUCGGCGCCCAUGGUACCCAAGAGCCACCACGACGCGUCCGACGACGACGAUGGCACCGCCAGCCUGGGCGAGGGCACCGAGGACUGGGAGAUUGCUGGCGACGAGUUCUUCCAGCGCUACCACUUCCCCGAGGCCGUCCAGCCCACCAAGCUCGAGAUCUCCUCCAGCGAGGUCGACUCGUCCUCCGACACCGAGGGGCCCCUCUCCCCUACAAGCCUCAAGGGCCGCCAUCCGCUGCAGAUGGACAUCCGCGCACCCCCCAGCCCGCGGUCGCCCGCGCCGUCUAUAAGCUCCGGCAUCAGCGACUCCUCGGCCAUGCAGGACAUCAACAUUGCCGUCCUGGGCGCCCGUGGCUCGGGCAAGUCCACCUUCAUACGCCACGCCCUCAAUCUGCCCACUGCAGCGCCGGGCGCAGUCCGCACGCGCAAGAUGACCAUAGACGGCGGACUAUAUGUGGUGCGCUUCCUCGAGAUGUCCAUCAACGACGUGCAGGUGCGGGACCAAAACUGCGUCAAGUGGCCAGACACCCUCGAAGAUCUCGCAACACCACGGAUUGACGGCGCCAUCACCAUCUAUGAUGUCACCAGCGAGCAGAGCCUGGCACGAGUGCCAGAGAUAUUAGGCCUACUAUCCCGAUCGGGGCUACCAUUUGUACUCGUGGGGUGCAAGUGCGACCACCACCCCGCCCACCGUAAAGUCGACCCUGCAGUGGUGGAGAAGAAAGCAAAAACUUUCUUGGGCGAAGUGAAUACCUUCCAGACAUCCGAGGCCUCGCCUGAUGCGUACCGAGGCUGCUUGUCCGUGAUUACGCGUGCGGUCAUCUCAUCUAAGCGACCUCGGUCACAAGCAUCGAUGGCUCGCCGGCGAGCAAACUCCUCGGCAGUGAGGUCUAGUACUGCGCGAGACCCAUGGGAUCGUAAACACGAGCGCGCCAAUUCUGAAUUCUCGGCACGGUUGCGACCAAGCUCUGCUGAGGUCAAAGGCCAUCGAUACAAAGCAAGCGAAACGAACAAGACUUUCUUCAACUUUGAAGAAGAAUCACCUACGUACGAAUCUAAUGAAUCUGACGGUCAAGCAGACGACGGAGAUGCUUUGGCCUGUAAUCUGCCCUCAGACGAGAAUGGCUAUACUUUUGACCAGCUCGUGGAUCGACUUUUAGCCCAACCCACAGAUAAAAAGGACACCAAAUUUGGUCACAUGUUCCUUGCGCUUUAUAGGAAAUUUGCAACACCAGGACAACUGCUCGAGGCUAUAUUGAAGCGAUUCGAAGCACUCAAGAGAAGGUCACCCCCAGUUCUACGCAUCAUUGCGCAAAUGCGGUAUCUUACCAUUAUGCAACAAUGGACGAGCCACUAUCCAGGCGACUUUGCCUAUCCCUCCACAAGACGCACUCUACGCAGGUUCGCCACGGCCCUUGCCGGUAACCGCGAAUUCGCUGUUGCAGCGGCAGAGAUUCUUCACGAUUACGAGGCUAUCACGGACGACGAUGAUACGGAUUGGGCGUGCAGCGAUCGCCUUCGGGCUCAGAAUGAGCAGAUCCCAACAUUCCACACAGUCCUGGAUGAGGACUCGGAUGACGACGAUUUCACCAAAGCACUUGGCCACAUGUCUAUGUCGUCAGAGCAACGUUUGUCGAUCGCCCGGAGCAGUAUGACAGGGCAUUCACGAUCAACACAAGGGACCACAGGAACAAACAGCUCCACGCAAACCCUCCUUCACCAGGUCGAGCUGAAUGAACGAUUAGCGAGGCACCUGGUUCCAAACCCGAUCAAGCCUCUGACAAAGCUUCAAUGGCGCCAAUUUAUGGAAGAACCAGAAGAAGCCAUAGCCAAAGAAUUGACGAGGAUGGACUGGAUCAUGUUUUCAUCAAUCCGGCCUCGCGACUUGAUUCGUCAUGUGAGCAUGAGCCCGGAAGAGAAGAAGAGGUUCAAGAGCUUAGAGAACGUAACGCGGAUGACGGAUCAUUUUAACCAUGUCCACUUCCUCGUACAGCACUACAUACUCAUGCGAGACAAGCACCGACAUCGUGCUCUCAUGCUCGAGAAGUGGAUGAAAGUAGCGCGCGAGCUGCGGAAACUGAACAACUACAACUCUCUCGGGGCCGUGCUGGCUGGCAUAAAUAGUACAGCAGUGCAUCGCCUCGCAGCCACCAGAGAACUUGUUCCCCAACAGGCCAAUCUCGACUUCAUGAAGCUAGAGAUCCUCAUGGGGCAAUCGCAAUCGUACAAGUGCUACCGACUAGCAUGGGACAACAGCGCAAGGGAGCGCCUCCCAUAUUUACCAUUACACCGACGAGACUUGGUAACAGCAUCGGAAGGCAACGCAACAUUUGUGACCGACAAGACCAAGCAGCCAGAAGUAUUCGGCGCCCAUCCUGGAACCAGCGUAUCUCUCGGCGCGGCCGGGAACCGGAACUCUCGAGAAGCGCCUCCCGGGGGCGUCACUGGUAAAGAGCGCAUCAACUGGAAAAAGUUCGAGCUCAUGGGCGACGUGAUUGUGAGAGUUCAACGAGCACAGGGAACACCGUACCCGACGUGGCGGCAGAACGACGAGAUCAAGAACCUCAUCCUCGACAUCAAGAUCAUGAAGGACGAGGAGGAUCUCUACGACCGCAGUCUUAGCCUGGAGGCCGCAGGCGCAGGCGAGAAAAAGAAAUUUGCCAGCUGGUGGCGAGAGCGUUAGUGCCUCCAUUCUUACCUUACGUUGCAUCACUUCUGCGAAGUUCUCUGCUCUGUUGUACAUUGCUCAGCUCUACACCUGUACCACGUUCAAGCUCUCGAUUCCACCAGUCGCACUGCAUCCAUCACGCCCUGUGCUGUGCUGCGCCGUGCACUCGUGUUGACUCGCGCUUGUUCUAUCUAUACCCACCUUCUAUCUUAUCUUCUGCUUUACGUUACAUUGCAUCUUUUUCUAGACGACAGAGGUCUUCUUUGCCUCGCUUGUUUUUGUUCUUAACCUUACCGUCGCCUUUCUGCACUGUAAGAUAUGAAUGUUUAGAAUAGAGCGUGCACUAAGAGGUGUUGUUCCGCAGCGCGACUCUCCCUACCCAUCCCGCACUUGCCGCCUGUGCAAGACUACCAGACCGAGGGCACGAAUUAUAUGCGCAU